GCACUUGAAAUGAUUAAUCAAAAGCCACCAAAAAAGAUUCUUCCUUUAUCCUUCUUCUCAGAAUCCGAAACCCUUUGCUGCAAAUGCUUCAAGCUCUCCUCCUUCCUUCUCCUUCCACCCUCCUCCACCAUCCACCAUCUUCUUCCCGACUUUUCCUUCUCCAAAACCCCAAUUUUUUCUCCCCUUUAUCUGCCCACUCCAAUGUCCAUUUUCGGCCAUUGUUAGCAGCGCGAGAACCCUUAAGUACCACCACAGCAGAAGCUGAAGAAGAAGAAGGAAACGAUCCCAUCGAGUUGCCACCAUCUUAUUCGUCUUUCUCUUCUUCUUCUCCGCUCCAAACAGCCACCACUGUUUUGCUCUCCGGUGCCAUCGCCGCCUUCCUGUUUCGUUCCAUUAGACGACGUGCUAAGCGCGCUAAAGAGCUCAGAUUGAGAUCAUCGGGGACGAAGAAAUUAUUGAAGGAAAAGUCACUGAACAAGUUGAAAGCAAUGGGGUCUGCUUCAGUUAAAACCAAAUCAUCGAAACCAACACCAGUUGAUGCAUUGCUGGGAAGCUUGAUUGCCGGUGUCAUUACUGUUUUUCUCUUUAAGUUCACCACUACCAUUGAGGCAGCUCUUAGCCGCCAGACAAUCUCUGAUAAUUUCUCGGUUCGUCAGAUAACAAUAACUAUCAGGACUAUUGUGAAUGGAUUGUGCUACCUUGCAACAUUUGUUUAUGGCUUCAACUCUCUUGGUUUGUUCCUUUAUUCUGGCCAACUCGCCCUGAGUCCAAUCAUGGAAGGUUCCAUGAUUAAUGAAAAUGAGAAUAAAGGUGAGCAGAAUGUUGGCUCACUGAGUUCAGUGAAACAAAAUGCUGUGGAAGGGACUGAGUUGACUAAUAGCAGGGAAAGGGAGGAUCGGAACCCAGAUGAUAAACAAUAAAAAUGGAGAUUGUGUUCGUGUUUGUGUUAUUUUCUCGUAUAUAAUCUAUGCUCGAAUCUCAUGUUAUGUAUAUUUGACAU